AUGUCUCACAUUGAAAACGUGGACGGUGUAGUCUUUGACCCUAACCUCACGAAGCCUGACGUUCUCGUCCUUCAAAAUCUGGUGGCUGAUAUUCGAGAGUAUCAAGAGCGUGACGAGCAAUGCCAGCGACGCCGUGACAAAGAAGGCAGUGAUAAAGAGAAAGGCCAAAGUCAUCGAGAUGCGGCGACUAUAACCGCUCUCGCCGCCUUAAAUGACCCCAAGCAUGCCCUAUUUGAACCCACGGUAUUUAGCCAAGUUGAUACUGGUGAUAUUCGACUGCCCCUUUCUAUCGACGCCUGGAUUUUCCGUCCCUAUGUCCGCGUCGCCCGGUCGAUUGUCCGUGUUGAGACAGACGUGGUAAUGCUUACGCAUCUAUUACUGUACUUCUCCACGUCGGUCCCGAGCGCCAUGUUUCUAUUCUGGAAGUUUACCUGGGUCCAUGGGCUGCUUCAUUUUAUCAUGCAAGUCAGCUACAUGGGCACCUAUACCCUCAUGAUGCACCAGCACAUACACAUGCGGGGAAUUCUCAACAAGCGCUUGUCUAUACUUGACUCGCUGUUCCCGUACAUUACCGAUCCGUUGAUGGGACAUACCUGGAAUUCCUACUACUAUCAUCACGUCAAACAUCACCACGUCGAGGGAAACGGGCCUGACGACCUCUCAUCUACCAUCAGAUACCAGCGCGAUAAUGUCUUGCAUUUCCUGCAUUAUACCGCGCGGUUCUUCUUCUUAAUCUGGCUUGACCUGCCCCUCUACUUCAUAAGGAAGGGGUGGCCAGCCUUCGCGAUAAAGGCUGCUUUUUGGGAGCUGAGCUGGUACACAACGCUCUAUACGCUAUAUCAGUAUAACCCAAAGGCAACUUUUACCGUAUUCCUGCUCCCGUUGCUGCUGCUCCGCUCUGGCCUAAUGCUGGGCAACUGGGGUCAGCAUGCCUUUGUAGAUCAUGACGAACCCAGCUCUGACUAUCGCUCCAGUAUUACGCUAAUUGAUGUUCCGGUUAGUACCCUCGCCCUUGCUGGAUUUCCUAUCGGACCUGGCUAA